CGCUGACAAUCCCAGAGCCACAACUGAGACCUCUUCCACAGCAGCAAGUGGCCAUCCCUGGCACCAUGAAUUUAAACUUCACCUCUCCAAUCCAUCAGGUGUCCCAGAGACCCACAUCCUUCUUCAUAGAGGAUAUCUUACUGCACAAGCCCAAGCCACUUAGAGAGUCCAGUAGCACCAGCAGCAGUCACUUCAGUACCUUCGCCUCUCGAGUUCCCCUCUUCGAUUAUGGCUACCCAUUGAUGCCAACUCCCACCAUCCUAGCACCCCAUCCCCACCACCCUUUGCACAAGGCGGAACACCACCCGUUUUUUUGCUUCACUCCAGGUCUCCCCAUGCCUGCCCUAUUCCCCCAUCACAGUGAGCUGCCGGGGAAGCAUUGUCGGAGGAGGAAAGCUCGCACCGUGUUCUCGGACUCACAACUCUCAGGACUGGAGAAACGGUUUGAGUUGCAGCGUUACCUGUCCACCCCAGAAAGAGUGGAGCUAGCCACUGCACUCAGCCUGUCAGAGACACAGGUGAAAACCUGGUUCCAAAACCGGAGGAUGAAGCACAAAAAGCAGCUGAGAAAAACCCAAGAUGACAGUAAAGCCCCAUCCAGCGAGGGACCCCUAGACCCCGGCUCCAGCGACACAGAACUCGGGGACAAUCCCGGAGCCGAUAUGGACAAGGACCCAAACAGCCAGAGCCGGUACCUGAGAGAUGAAGCGGAUGACGAGGUGGAUAUCAUAGAGGAUGACAUGUGCCCCCCUCAUCUGCUAUAACAGACGGAUACCAAGGACACCUAGAGCUUGGGGGCCUCUCAUGGAAUAUGCACCCAUCACCACUAUGACAAAGGUAGUGGG